ACAUACACAGGUAAUCGUACCCUGUUGAGCAGAUAGCACAGACCGUUUGAUCAGCCAUUUUCUUAUUCAUUAUAAAGACAGUUGUGCUUAAUUUAUGAUUCCGACCUGGAAUGUUUCAUUUUGAUCCAUAUCUAAAAGGGAAAACACGACGUAAGUUGAAAUGCAGUUUCGAUCAGAUGUGAAGAAUGUAGUCGUGACGGCUGUGAUAGCAUUUAUCCUGACCGGAUGUCAAGCCCGACCAACCAAACAGAAGGAAGUGUUUUGUGAUCCAGAGGAUCACCAGUAUUAUUACUACCAGGUCCACGGUUGUAGGGAAUGUGACCGAUGUUGGUCGGGGCAGGAACCAGAUCUAAAGGGAGCGGAUAUAGGUAUGGGUCUCCACGGUGCAACUAAAUGUCCCAGAUGUCGAGAAUGUAGUUACGGCGCCUACAAUCCUGACGGAGAUAAAUACUGGAACUGUCUAACCUGUACCGUGUGUGCUGACCUGGGUAUGCAUGAAGUACAGCCCUGUACACCGACACAAAACACUAAAUGUAACAAGACGGCUCACAGUGUCAAUGACAGGUUAGUAUCGACGUCAUCAGAUUUCAACGCAAGCACACAAGGGGGACGAAAUAAUGAAGGCCACAAGUCGUACAGCCAGUCAGUGGUCGAUCUGUUAACGGCAUUGGUGGUUACAGGGGUUGUUGCCUUGAUUGUAUACAUCUUACAUAACAGGAAAAGCAAAACUCUGCGGAGUUACAAAGAGAAACAAACAAUCCCUAAUAACGAAGAAACGAUUCCAUUACAACCUGAUGAGAAACAGAGAACUGGUAGCUGUGACAAGGAACCGACGGAGGAGGAGGACGACGAGGAAAUGGAAUCUUACAUAGCUGACGAAAUACGUAACGACGAGAUAGUACAAGUACCAAUGGUGCGAAAAAGACAACAACACCAAUCUUGCGGGGCCUAUCAAAGCAUCGGUACUGGAUUAGAAAAGCAAAAGGGUUUGGAUGGAAAGACAUUAUCUGGGCGAAAGAAUCCUGUAUUUUAUCGACAGCUGUCUCAUCCAAUCACGAGCGGAGAGGUCGGAACCACAGAGCGACAAUUAGACAACAAACGUCCAACUCCAAGUUGCGAACGUUUUCUAGCGAGACUUCUCGCCGUAAACGAAAGGUACAAAGAAUUUGCAAGGCACAUGGGAAUUGAAAACUACGAAGUAAAACUCAUAGAAGAAGAACACAAACAACGCAACUUCGACGCCGAGUAUUUAUCCUAUAAAUAUACGUCUGCAGUACUUCAGCGUCAGCCUAAACUCAGUUACCACGACAUCUAUGAAGCCCUUGCUCAUCUUGGACUACAAGAGGAACUUGCGACUCUGAAGAAAAAACGUCGAAGCAAUCGUUUAUAGAUAAGGUUGGACGGUAGAUGAUUAUAUCCUUUUGA